GUCGCCGGCGCCGCGAUUGGAGCCCCUGUGUCACACAGGACAGCCUCAGUCUCGACGCGUUUGCUACGACAGCCGCUGAACACGAACAGCCGCUCGCAGGGACGCGGAGCUGCUUAGUAGGAGCGACAACACAGGCAGCAGGAGACCGCCACACAGGAGCGGCGGCCGCGUAGCAGCCGCAGCAAGAGCGUUUUCACGGGCCUCCGUCGAGCCCGCAAACGCCAGCGAAUCACUCGACGUCGCGCCCGCGAUUUUAGAACCCGUCGCGCGGCGAGCGUGACUGUUCGCGUUCACCCGCAGCGCGAGAACGAUGGCGCGCGGCCGCCGCGGCGGCACGCGCGUGACAAGACGGAAGGCGUCGGAGGCCGAGAGCGACGCGCCGGCGCCGGCGCCCGCGAACGACUCGAGCGACGACGACGACGUCCCGAUUAGCCAAUUGCAGGCGCAAGCGACGGAGACGAAAAGCGAUUCCGAUGAUGACGUGCCGAUCGGCAAGAUGGCGCCCAAAGCUUCUCCAAAGAAGAAGAAGACCGGUUCGAGGCGCGGCGGCGCCGACGCGAAGGCCGCAAGGGCGAGGAGGGCCAAGAAGGCGGAGGACGAAGCGCCGGAAGAUGAGCCGGCCGUGGACCCCUUCGCGCCGACGGCGCGCGCGCCGGCUCCUGCUCCCGCGGUGGAGAAGCCGCUGCCGUUCGGCGCGGCCCCGCCCGCGUUCGGCGCUGAUGCAAAGAAGAAGGAGAAGAAGAAGCGAAGUCGUAGUAGGAGUCGCGGGCGGCGACGGGGUCGCGACGACCGGAGGCGGCAGCACCGCGAGAACGACGCGCGCGAAUUACGACAGGCCGUGGAGAGGUUCGUGUCGUCGUAUCGCCUAGAUCCCAUGGCGGCGCAGCGCAUGCGGGGCCUGUCGAAGCCGGCGCAGCGCUGCGUGUUGCGGGAGGGGCCGUUGGAUGGAAGGAACGUGUCGGCCGUGUUGAUGUCCCGCAUCGGGCGGUUGCCCGACCAAAAGACGCUCAAGCGGGACUUUCCCACGCCGUCGCCGUCGCGCUCGCGCGGGCGGCGGCGGUCGCGCAGCUCCUCGUCCUCUAGUAGAAGUUCCUCGUCCUCUCGGUCGCGGAGCCCGUCGCGCUCGCGGUCGCCGUCCAAGUCCAAGAAGGACAAGAAGAGCUCCUCGGAUGAUAAGAAGAAGAAGGGCUCCUCCGACGACAAGAAGAGCUCCAAGGACGACAAGAAGAAGCGGUCCCGCUCGCGGUCGCGGUCCCGCUCGCGCGGCCGGAGGCGGCGCAAGUCGCCGAGCCGCUCGUCCUCCUCCUCGAGCGAGUCGAGCGGCGCGCGACGCCGCCGGAAGCGCCGCAAGAAGAAGGAGGAGGCGAAGAAGAAGAAGGGCUCCAUGUGGGACAAGGCGCCCUCCACCGACGCGCUCACGGCGAUGCUCGGGGGCCAGCUGCCCGGCAUGACCGUCAGUUCGGCGGCCGCCGAGGCGAUGCAGAAGAGCCUCGAGAACCCCCUGCCGCCGAAGCACCCGUUGUCUACCAUGAGGCAGAACCGCGUGCUGGAUUUGUACAUCGGCAAUUUGAUUGCCGGCACGGCCAUCGAGCCCGUGAAGGAGUGGCUGGAAGGCCUGGUCACUGCGGUGCGCGAGUCGUUGCCGCCCGAAUCGCCCGGUAGAAUACUGCUAGCGGAGUCGCCCGACGGCCAGUUCGAGUCGUAUAUUCGGUCAGGUAAAGUCGCUGCGCCGGAGGGCGAAGUGUCGGGACGCACGCGAACGGACCACGCGUUUAUUGAGUGUCGGGACGCGGCGGUGGCCGCGUUACUAGCUCGCUUAAGCGGUGUGCGGGCCCAAGGCCUGGCUUCCGGAGACAGAGGUGUUCGCAUCAGUCGACCGAAGGGCUACGCUCCUCUACCGGGCGGCGACCCGUUCCCCGUCGCCGUGCCCGUCGAACUCCUAGAUGCGUUGGGCGUCGAUCCAGAUAAUAAUCCAAGAAAUGCGGACGGGACCACUCUCACAGCGGCUCAGAUGUCAGCAGUCACGGGUCAGAAGCGAGGCGGCAUCCCGCCCGGAGACUAUGUCUGUCGACGGUGCGGCAUCCCCGGCCACUACGUCCAGGACUGCCCUACCAUCGGUCUGGGGAUUGCUGGUCUCGGACACCCGCCACCAGGGUACGUCUGCAAGAAGUGCGGGGUCGGUGGGCAUUUCAUUCAAGAUUGCCCGACGAAGCAACUGGAGGCCGCGGCGCAGUACUUAGCGACGCAGGGGCAAGGUGCGGAUGCGGAGACGCUCCAGGCGAUCGUCGAGGCUCAAGCGAAGGCGAAGCUCGAUGCGGCCCGCAAGGCCGCGGAGGACAUGCUCGAGGCGCAGCGGGCGAAGCAGCAGGCUCUCGCCGGCCAAGCGGACACGGCGGAGGCGCGUCGAGCUCAAACUGCUCAUUUAGGAGCGCCGGGGCCUCCUGCGCUGAUGGCCGCGCCCGGUGCACAACCGGGGGCGCCGCCGCCGCCGAUGGGCCGCGGGAGAGGUGUCGAUAACAGACCCGCGUGGAUGAAGGAGCAAGCUCCACCAGUAGAACAGCAGGGCCCGCCGCCGCCCGCGCCGACGACGCGCAAGGAAGCGCGAUACCGAGCAGCGUUAGAUGCGGGACAUAUUAGUCGAGACGCGUACGACAGAGCCGUCGCCGAGCCCGACACGGACAAACCGGAGGAGGCAGAGAAGGUCGCCCAGAAACCGGGCAGUCUGGUGGAUCGCGUCGUGCGCGUGACCAAGGGCUCCCACGACAAAAAGUUGAGCGGUUCAUUGGGCAUGGUCGAGGCCUGGGAUAGUCGAGCGGCGCGCUACGAAGUUAGGGUGAUUGGGAAGAAGAAGCGCGUCGCGCUCAUGGCGGGCCACCUGGAGGCCAUUGAUGAUGAGGCGAUCAUAGCAGACGUGAAGCAGCAGCUCGCGGCCAAGGCGGCGGCGAAGGAAGCUGAAGCGGAGGCGCCGGCGCCUCCAGUGGCGCAGCAGCCGCCGCCGCCGGGCGCGCCGCCUCAGAUGAUGCCGCCGCCGGGCGCGCCGGGCGCGCCGCCGCCGAUGAUGCAGCAGCCACCGAUGCCCCAGUACGGCGCGCCGCCGCCGCAGCGCGACUACCGGACGCCGAUGCCGCCGCAAUACCAGCAGGCGCCGCCGCAGUUCGGCGGGCCGCCUCCUCCGGGCCAGUUCCCGCCCUACGGCGGGCCGCCGCCCCCGGGCGCGUACGGCGGGCCGCCGCCGCCCAUGUACCAGCAGGGGCCGCCGCCCGGCGCCUACGGCGCGCCGCCUUUUGGCGGCCCGCCGUCCGGCGCGUUCCCGCCGCGCCCGCCGCCGCCGCCCAUGGCGCCGGCCGUGCCACCGCCGCCGCCCGUCGACUACCAGGCGCUCGCCGCGCAGAAGGCGCAGCAGCAGGCCCAGGCGACGCCCGCGGCGCCGCAACCGGCAUCGGUCGAGGCCGAGAUCCCCGGCAUGGCCCCCGACGCCGCCAUCAACACCGCGCAAGCGUAUCAAAAAGCAGCCCAAGGUCAAAGUGUCCACGAGGAACGGCCUCUGGAGAAGUCUAGAGCGCCGCCGCCGGGGGCUCCGGGUCAACCUCCGGAGGACGGACGCCUGGAGCGGGGCCGCAUCCUGUGGUUCGACCGGGACAAGAACUUUGGGUUCAUUGCGGCGGAGGUGGGCGGGGAAAACGUUUUUAUUCACGGCUUCGACGUCAAGGGAUUUGAGCCGGAUAGUGGUGAUCCCCGUACUUCUAGACCGCCCGCGAAGAACGACCUCACGGUGUUCAUCCGAGGAAGAGAUGUUGGUGGUAGAUUAAAAGCGAACGAGGCGGAAGUCUUCCCCGAGACGGGUGGCCCGCCGCCGCCCGCGUUCCUCGCCGCGGGGCCCCAGCCGACGCGCCCACCUCCGAUGAUGGCGCCUCCGAUGAUGGCACCGCCGCCGCCGCCGCCGAUGCCUCCUACGUCUACGUAUGUCAACCCCUUCCUCAAGAAGGGCGGCGCGCCCCAGCCGUCGGCCGACAUGGCUCCCGUGACCGAGCUCGCGCCCGGCGUCACGAGACCGCCGACGCCGCCUCCUAGCGACAACGCCUUGCCGCCACCGUCAACAGCCGGGCGCCACGUCGCCUUCUGCAAGUGGUGGGACCGGCCCAAGGGCUUCGGGUUUUUAGGUAAGGAAGUGGACGCGCCUGCGAGUGACGAUGAUAUAUACGUCCAAGAGUUAGAUUUGUUAUGUCCGGCAUUAAAUGUUGGAGAUGUGGUGGAGUUCACGCUAGGUGGAUUAGAUAACAAUACCAAAAAGAGGAAGGCCUGCGACGUCAAGCUCAUUCGUUCCGCAAGGCCGUCGCAGGAGAAACAGUCGUCGGGCAGGCAACGAGGGACCGUGAAAUGGUUCGAUCCCCAAAAACAGUACGGCUUCGUGGCGCCCGACGGUGGCGUUCAAGAUAAAGACGACGUCUUCGCGCAUCAAUAUGAUGUUGUGGACGGUGGUAAUGCGUUGGCGCAGGGCGAACGCGUCGAGUACGACUGGGCGCCUUCACAAGAACCUCAAGGUAGACCGAAGGCCCUGCGCAUCUCUCGAGUGGCUACUGGUUUUGCUACCCGAGACGACCAUUUUCAACAUUUACGACAGCCACCUGCGGAAGGCGCGUUCCUCUACGGCGGCAAGUUCUGCCGCGGGCAAGUGAUGUGGUACGAUCCGCAGAAGACCUUUGGGUUCGUGCGUUCCGAGUGGGGCCAGUCGCAGCAGGACGACGUCUUCAUCCACGGGAAUGAUGUGCGGGAGGCUUCACCAUUGGUGCCGGGCGAUCGGGUCGUCUACAAGGCGCUGGUCCAUCGGGGCCGGCCCAAGGCCGUGGAGCUCGCGCGGGAUCCUUCGGCUGUGGCCGGGCAGCGCUACCAGGGCGUGCAGCCUCCACAAAUGGCGCCGCCGCCGCCGAAUCUACAUAACGAGCGCGCGGUGCGGUCGUUCCGGGAGCGGGGGGCGGACGGGGCGUAG